GGAGGACAUGAUAUGUUGGCACCCUUCACUGCUGGGUGGCAGAGUGAUAUGGGUCCUUUAAUUAUAGAAAAGUCGGAGGGUUCCUAUGUUUAUGACAUACAUGGGAAGAAGUACCUUGAUACGUUAUCUGGUUUGUGGUGCAAUCCCUUAGGGGGAAAUGAGCCUCGUCUUGUUGAAGCUGCAAAUAAACAACUCAACACAUUGCCAUUUUACCAUUCAUUUUGGAAUCGUACAACAAAACCUUCUUUGAAUCUUGCAAAGGAGCUCAUAGAUUUGUUUACUGCAAAUAAAAUGGCGAAAGCUUUUUUCACAAAUAGUGGAUCAGAAGCCAAUGACACUCAGGUGAAGCUAGUUUGGUAUUACAACAAUGCACUUGGGAGACCAAAGAAGAAGAAAUUUAUUGCUCAAGCAAAAGCGUACUCUGAUUUCUCAACCCAUGCUCUACUUCUACUAUUAUUAUUAUUAUUAUUAUUAUUAUUGUUAUUAUUAUUAUUAUUUGGCUGUAUUCUGUAUAUUUUUUUGUUUGGCUUGCAUAAUAUUCUUCAUACGUCACCUUUAAACAGAUAUCAUGGGGCCACUUUCAUUUCUGCUAGUCUCUCUGGUAUUCCUGCACUACAUCACAAAUUCGAUUUGCCAGCUUCAUUUGUUUUGCACACUGACUGCCCUCACUAUUGGCGAUAUCAUCUGCUAGGUGAGACGGAAGAGGAGUUCUCGACAAGGUUGGCCAAUAAUUUGGAAAAUCUUAUACUCAAAGAGGGACCUGAAACA